AUGGCAGUGAGCCUGUCUGAUGACCUUCAGAAGACCAGUCUUGUAUUUCAGCAGGUCCGCAUUGGCUCACUGCACAAUCUGCUGCACAACAGGCAUGCAGAAUUCCCGUUGCUGGGCACUGAGUACGUGCUGUCAGUGGUGUUGCAGGUGUGUGAAGGUCUACUGUACCUCCACAGUCGAGGCCUUGUGAUGCGGGCCCUGUCCUCCCACAGUGUGAUCCUCACAAGCCUGACGGUUGCCAAGCUCACGGGUCUGGGCUUCAUGGUCCCCAGUGAGGGUACAAGUGCCAGACCGCCAGUGCAUAUAGCCCUACCCCCCAGCCUUUACAGGUGGGCUGCACCUGAGGUCAUGAAACGGAGACCAUGCACAGGGAAGGCCGACCUCUACAGUCUGUCUGCUCUUAUCCAGGAAAUCUACACAGACAAGGAGCCGUGGGGUGCGAUGAGCGAGUGUCUGAUUAAACAGCUGGUGGAUGGAGGUGAGGCCCUGGGCGCAGACCUCUGUAUUCCUCAGCCGUACUAUGACCUGGUCAGGGUAGGCCUGCAGCCCCAAUCUCAGGACCGCACAUGCAGCCUGCGGGAACUACGCUACAAACUACGACUGGACAUCAAGUUCAUGAAAGCUUUAACAUUUGCCAUGCUAAAUUUCUAUGAGGGUAGUGUUGAAGCUCUGGAGCCAGAGGCAGAGGUGAACAAUGCAGCGGUGGUCAAGCUGGAUAGUCUCAAGAAGUCCAGAGAGACCAAGGCAAAGAUCAGCUCCAUUAUGGCCAACCGCAGGGAGUGUGAGAGGCUGCACAAGUUGGCCAUGAGGAGCCUAGAUGUAGUGGAGAAUUACCUGCAGUCGCAAUAUCUGCAGUUCACCUCCUCUUCUGGGCCCCCCCCCUGCUCCGUCUCAUUUUACCCUGAAGCCUUUGGGCCACCUUCUUCUGAAUACCAUCUCCUGGGAGGCAAUCCACAUCCUGCAGUUAAGAGGCUGGAGGCCCAGCUGCAGACAGGAGAGUUCAGUUUGAUGAGCCAGGAAGACCUUGCUUUCUGGCUAAGUCAGUUCCCAGCUGUGAAGCAGGACUGUUUACAGGAGCCCCCCUCACAAGACUACGUCACUAUGGAGGGUUGCCGCAGUAAAGAGGAGCCGAGCCUUUACAGCUCUGCUCUGGACGACAGCUUCGUCAACAUGCUCCCCCACAAGAAGCUACAGGUGAGGAAGCAGCUAGAGGUACAUGGUCCAGAGGGUCUGAGAAAUCACAUCAGCCAGGAUCACAAGACAGAUGAAGUGACAGACCUGGUGACCAGGAUGACACUAGGUCAGCUGAGAGUUGGCAGUACGAAAGUCCAGGCUAAUGUUAGCAAAGACAGUGAGGAGGUGCAGGCGUUGAAAGCAUUGGAGCAGUGGGGGGCUGCCUCCUGCUGCUCCUCACCUGCCCUGUCCUUGAUCACAGAGAAUCUGCAGCGAGGGAGAAGCUUGUCAGAAUAUGAGACUGUUCAGAAGGACUCUGGGGAAACAGCUAAGCCUGUCACUGGUGCACAAGCCCAACCUCCACUCGCCACAAACCUUAGUCUGGCAGACUCGGCUGAGCUGGUCGAGCUCUCCAGCAUUACGUGCUCUCCAACCCAGCAUCAGCAGAAACUCUAUCCCAGCCCUCUCCAGAGACCACUCCCACCAUGCAACAGCACCCCACGAAGCCCAGAGCUCCGCCUGCGUGUGAUGGGAGGGAUUCUUAACAGCAUCCUCUUGGAUUCCAGCCACUUCAGCUCCACAGAUCAUAACACUGGGAGUUUCACCACAGCUAGAGAUGAUCCAAGAGACAGCUCACCUCCAUCCAUGAGGGCAAACUUUCCCAGCAGUCUCCAGGACUUCAGCACAGCCAGCCAGAUGGAUGGAGUGCCCACAGACACUGUAGAUACCUCCAGUGAAGACAGAGAUGAAGAAGGAGCACAGCUGGACGAAGAGCAGAAAGAGGAGAUUCAGGAGGAGGGAGGGUUCGAGCAACAGUCGUCAGAGGAGCUUGAGGAGAUUGAAGAAGGUCUAAAAAGAUUGGAGGAGAGCAGUGAAGGGGUGAGAAGCAUAGAGGAGGAGGGAGGGUUUGAGCAACAGUCAUCAGAGGAGCUUGAGGAGAUUGAAGAAGGUCUAAAAAGAUUGGAGGAGAGCAGUGAAGGGGUGAGAAGCAUAGAGGAGGAGGGAGGAAAGUGCCUUGGACUGGAGUGGAGGCAGCAAAGUGAGGACGCCAACACAGAGGAGUGGCCCUUCUGCCUGCACAGUGAACUUACGUCAGAGGUAGAGGAGGAAGAGGAUGUGAAGGAAAUGGUUGCAAAACUGGACGAUGGGAAUCUUGAUCCAGACUCAGUGGAGGAUACAGACCCUGCGUGGGCUUCAGGAGCCAUAGAAGAUUCCACUUUAUUGGACGUGUCAGACAGAGCCCACUCCACGCUGGACGAGGUACUGCAGGGCAUCAUGGUGGAGAGAAGCAGCAGGAGCCCGGGGCCAGGCAGGCCGGCUGCAACACGGGCCUGUGUGUAUGAAGGCCAGGCCGGUGAGGACGCAGGAAACCCAGGAGGCGACCACGCAGACAGGGACGAACAUAAGGAUCAGGCACCGCCCCUGCCCGCCAGCAGCCACCAAGCCGAGAAGCUGGAGGCGGCUCAGAAGAACCUCGGCCAGCCACACAGAACUGGAUUUGAGGAGCCUCAGCGUGAACCAGCAGAGUGAUGAAAGAAAAAUGAUGCAUUGUAACAACCAACCUAAAGGUAUAGGGAUAAUUACAAAAAAAAACACGUGAUUAUUCUUAUUAACAAAUGAAUUGAUAUAUGUUUGAUCCUAAUUGUAUUGCACUGUACUGUACUGAGUGAAAAAUAACAGAAACAGAAUUGCGUUCACUAUGCUUGUAUGUUUUCCAAUAAAUAAAUAAAUAAAAACCCCAAAACAUAAACUUUAACACGACAGGUAAGAAUGAUACAUAACAGGUAAAGCUCAAGGUCCGUCAGUGAAACACCAGCCGCAUUUCAUUGUCCAUCACCCGUGUAUAAUCACACGGAAAGAAAACCUCGUUCCAAACCAAACAAAACGACAAUUGAUGCCCGCUUCCCCUCUUCACCAAUGAGUCCGGUAUAGAAAACAAUAACUGUCCAAAAUACAGUCUUUAAACGGAUGUCUCCAUUCCAACAAUUCAGAAAAAAGGAAAAAAA